CCUCAUACAUCCGUCUUGUGCUUCACGUUAUAAACAAAGCAACGCCGCUGACACCGCCAGAAUUUGCGCUGUUUGGGAAGAGAGAAAAGAAGUUUUUUUUUUGCGGACAUUUCGUGGGGAGUGCUCAUCUCAGGACAAUCAGACGUGAAAUCCACAGACUCUGCAGCUCUCCGAAAUGGAUGACAUCCAGGUUGUUGAGUCCAAACCCCUGCUGGUUGACAAGGAACUGCCGGGCCUGAGGGAGGCUGUGCAGCAGCUUGUUAUCAAGGAGCACGAUGUGGAGACUCCUCAUGGAAGAAUCCACUGUACGAUGCAGGGGGUUCCCAAAGGGGACAGACCAGUCAUCCUCACCUUCCAUGACAUCGGACUGAACCACAAAACCUGCUGGAACACGCUCUUUAACCAUGAGGACAUGUCAGAGAUCAUGCAGCACUUUGCCGUGUGUCACGUUGAUGCCCUCGGGCAGCAUGAGGGAGCUAACACCUUUUCCACUGGAUAUGAGUACCCUUCUAUGGACCAACUCUCUGAGACACUCCCUCUGGUGUUGAAGCACUUUGGGCUGAAGACUGUCAUUGGAAUGGGCAUUGGAGCCGGGGCCUACAUUCUGACCAGAUUCGCUCUGGACUACCCGAACAUGGUAGAGGGCCUGUUGCUCAUCAACAUCAACCCGUGUGCUGAGGGAUGGAUGGACUGGGCUGCACACAAGAUCAGCGGCUGGACCCACGCCAUGCCUGACAUGAUCAUCACCCACCUCUUUGGAAAGGAGGAGAUCAACCACAACCAGGACCUGAUCGCAACAUUCCGCCACCACAUCAUUAACGACAUGAACCAGUAUAACCUGCAUCUCUUUGUCAAGUCCUACGAAAGUCGGAGGGAUCUGGAAAUUGAGAGGCCGGUCCCUGGAAGCACUGUCACAACCCUGAAGUGCCCUUCUCUGCUGGUGGUCGGCGACAGCUCUCCUGCUGUGGAGGCUGUGGUUGAGUGUAACACCAAGCUGGACCCAACAAAGACUACCCUGCUCAAGAUGGCUGACUGCGGUGGCAUGCCCCAGGUUGACCAGCCUGGAAAGCUGACAGAAGCUUUCAAGUACUUCAUUCAGGGCAUGGGAUACAUGCCAUCUGCCAGCAUGACCCGCCUGGUCCGCUCCCGCACCGCCUCCGGCUCCAGCGUCACCUCCUUCGACGGCAACCGCUCCCGCUCCCACACCAGCGAGGGAAGCCGCUCCCGCUCGCACACCAAUGAGGGCAGCCGCAGCCGCAGCCACACGGCUGACAACCAGCGCGGCCACUCCCACACAGACGGCUCCGUGGACGGCACGGCCAACAGCAACGUGGACCAAGCCGUGCCCAAGUCCACCGAAGUGUCCUGCUAAGUGAGCCUCCACUCUCUGGACACCCAAACCUCUCAAGGUCCCUUCGCUUCGUGCUGCGCUGCCUCUACCUGACACACAGACACACACAUUCCUACGCGCAUACACAUCGAUGUGGAGAGGGACACUAAGAUAGCAUACCUGGUUUUGUAAAAACGCACAAUGGUCACUCACCUGCAGAGUAUUCAGUGCAGCUGAGAUGCCCCAAUUUGAAAAUAUGAUGUCUUUUGAGUAGGGGGUCAAGGGAUCAACUGUAUGCCUGUUUCGUCAUUCUGAGGAACAUAUCUCUAUGAAUGUAUCUGAACAGUAAAUGCUUCUGAGCUCCUUGGUCAGGUGAGUGUGUAGUUAGGGGCAACGCAGCAUGUGGGAACACCGAAGCAGCGAAUGUUGGAGGAAGCUGUGGUUACGAGUUCACCAGCUUGUACAUGUAUCACUCAUAAUCUCUUAUACAUACAAAAAAUUGUUUUAAUUUCCAAUUCUGCAUUCCCUCAUCUUGUUUUUGUCCAUUCCAACAUAUUGACACAGCUUUCUCAAAUAUACCUGACUGUAAAUGACUGUUUUCUGUUCUCACUGUAAUUGUUUGAUCAUUUAUUCUUUUAUUUUCCAUGUCUGAAGUGUUGUCAUUUGUCUGUAGGAGCAGAUUUGUAGAUGUUGGGAGAGAAUGGGAAGGCACUUGGAUGAAUAAAAAAAAAAAAUGGCAGUUUGCUUAACAAACUGUGAAUGUAAAAUUAAAGGACAGACUUCAAGUAUAUCAUGUAUAUACAGCAAAUAAUAUUGUUUCAUCUUGCCAAUUUGAUUCCUUUUUCAGGAAUCAAAUGAUCCUUUUUAGUACGUUCAAAUGAGACUGUAAGCUUUCCUAUUAAUCAAAAAACACUCUGAAAUGCAAAUUCAAAAGCUUUUACAACGUAUGCUUUAUUAAUGGAUCAUGGCCUCAGAAAAAAAAAUUUUUUUCACUUUUUUUAUGAUGAUUUCUAUGUAAUCAACACAAUGGAACAAAGAUGUGCCAUGGAAUUGUUCACUUUUUAGAUGUGAUACUCCUAUGUGGUUGUGGAUUUUUGGGUGCGUGAAGUGAUAGGUCCACAUGUUAACAUGAGGAUAGCCAUAGAACUUACCUGACACCCUCUACUCCUGUAUUUUACUUGCACUACAGCAACAUUUUUGCUCUGUAGAACACAUACACAGCUUUGUAAAGAUGCGAUGCACAACCGUCUAAUGCUGUAGAAAAGCAUUAAAAUGACAUAACAGUUUGUAUUUAUUA